UAAGAAGCUAGUCAGACAUCAGUCUCUCAAUUGUGAAAGAUUUUAGAAGUAAUUUUUCUUGCCGUAAAGUAUAUCGUGGCAGAAAUGGCAACAGCGAAAUUCAAAGAAACGUCCCCCUAUGUCAAGCCGAAACCUUCACCACCUGAGGAAGAUUAUCUCUAUAACAAAUACUUGGAAGACAUUGCGUUGAAGACCGAUUCCCGAAACGACCCGAUACUUAAACUGGCCCUAUUUGGUGUGGGUCGUGCUGGUACGAUACAUUUAUCGUCCAUAAGUUUUAAUACACGCGUCAAACUCGUAUAUAUCGUUGACGAUGUCGAGAGUAACUGGCAAAAUAUGCGUAAACACUGGCAUCUAGAGAACGUUACUUUCCUAAAUAGCGAGCAAUCCGACAAAGUAUUCCUGGAUCCCAAGUGAGUAAUUGCAUUAAAU